ACUACCAAACUUGCCCGCCUCCCUCGAUCUCUUCCGACCUCCUGAGGCCUGACCAUGGCUUGCAUCGCCUUCGGCCGCUGCGAUGACUCCUUCAGCGCCACCUCGCUCAAGGCCUACCUCGCCGAGUUCAUCUCCACGCUCCUCUUCGUGUUCGCCGGCGUCGGCUCUGCCAUAGCUUACGGCAAGUUGACGUCGGGCGCGGCCCUCGACGCGGCGGGGCUCGUGGCGGUGGCCCUCUGUCACGGGCUCGCCCUCUUCGUCGCCGUCGCGAUCGCCGCCAAUAUCUCCGGCGGCCACGUGAACCCGGCGGUCACCUUCGGAUUGGCUCUCGGGGGGCAGAUCACCAUCCUCACCGGACUCCUCUACUGGGUCGCGCAGUUGCUCGGCGCAGUCGUCGGCGCGUUCCUCCUCAAGUUCGCUACCGGACUCGACACGCCAACCCAUAGUUUGGGAGUGGGAGCCGUGGAGGGAGUGGUGAUGGAGAUCAUCAUCACCUUCGCACUCGUGUACACGGUGUACGCCACCGCCGUCGACCCAAAGAGGGGCUCCCUCGGCACGGUCGCCCCCAUCGCCAUCGGCCUUAUCGUCGGAGCCAACAUCCUCGCCGCCGGCCCCUUCUCCGGCGGCUCCAUGAACCCCGCGCGCUCCUUCGGGCCGGCAGUGGCGAGCGGCGACUUCGCCGACCUGUGGGUUUACUGGGUCGGUCCACUUAUUGGUGGUGGGCUGGCUGGGCUUGUCUACACCUAUGCCUACAUGUGCACCGACCACACUCCGCUCCCCCAGUAAAAUUGUUUCUUCACAGAACAUUAGCAUAAAGACCUGUCAGUGUGAUGUCACAAAAGUGUGGGGAGCAGUCCAUCUUUGUUGGUUUGUGAUUUGGGGCAAAGGUGUGGGUGUUGGUGUUGCUUGCAUUGUUGUCACUGUUGUGUGGGAUUAUGAAGCCUUUUUUGUAUUUUAUUGUUCAUGUCAAUAGAUUCACUCUUCCUCUUUGGAUCAAAUAAUAUAA